AUGGCCGCCGUCAUGGAAGCCCUUCACCGCGACGAAGGCCUCGCGGCGACGCAGUCGCAGCAGAACGCCGCGCCCGGCCUCGUCGACGCCCCGGCCGGAGCCGCGGAGCAGGAAGCGUACGAGGAGGCGGAGCAGCUCCCGCAGUGCUUCAUCCUCAUCGACGAGAUGCAGUCAUGCGGCGUCUCCGCGACGGACAUCAAGAAAGUCAAGGAGGCGGGGUACGCCACCGUCAAGUCCGUCAUCACGGUCCCGAAGAAGUUCCUCAUCGAGAUCAAAGGCAUGUCCGACGCGAAAGUUGACAAGAUGAUCGAAGCCGCGGGGAAGCUCCUCGGCCCGGGCGCCGCGGGCGGGUUCCAAACCGCGAAGGAGCUGCAGCUCUCGCGCAAGGACAACGUCAACAUCACGAGCGGCGCGGAAACGAUCGACAACGUACUGAAAGGCGGCUUCCCCACGCGCUGCCUGACCGAGAUCUACGGCGAGUGGAGGACUGGCAAGACGCAGAUCUGCCACACCCUCGCGGUCACGACGCAGCUCCCGUUGAACGAAGGCGGCGGCUGCGCGAAAGUCGCCUGGAUCGACACGGAGGGCACGUUCCGCCCCGAUCGCAUCGAGAAGAUCGCGGAACGGUUCAACCUCGACGCGGAGGCGGUGCUGGAUAACAUCCUCGUCGCGAAGACGUUCACGCACGAGAUGAUGACGAACUGCCUCGUCGCGCUCGCCGCGAGGUUCUCCGAGGAACCGUUCAAGCUCCUGAUCAUCGACAGCAUCAUGGCGCACUUCCGCGUGGACUUCACCGGACGCGGCGAGCUCUCCGAGCGCCAGCAGAAGCUCGGGCAGUUCUGCUCGAAGCUCCAGAAAAUCGCGGACGAGUUCAACAUCGCGGUCGUGUACACGAACCAGGUCCAGGCGGACCCGAGCGGGAUGUCCUUCGCGGGGAUGGACCCGAAGAAAGCGAUCGGCGGCCACGUCCUCGCGCACGCGUCCACGAUCCGCCUCAGCGUCCGCAAAGGAAGGGGGGACAACAGGAUCCUGAAGGUCGUGGACGCGCCGAACUUGAAGGAGGCGGACGCGGAGUUCACGAUCACGGACGGCGGCGUCGUCGCCGCGGACGCGUGA